AUGAGCGAGCAGUCUAGGAUUGGGGAGCACCGCUCAUCCAGUAGCCGGGCUCACGCUGGCGAGUGCAGCGGCGGUGGCGGAAUCGUAGGUUUUAGUAUAAAGGCAGUGCCCUUCCAGAACGCCGUCUUGAAUGUGAAGGAGCUCGGAGGGGCCGACCACAUCCGCAAGUACUGGAGCCGCUACUACCAGGGCUCCCAGGGCGUAAUCUUCGUGCUGGACAGCGCGUCCUCGGAGGGCGACCUGGAGACGGCCCGCAGCGAGCUGCACUCGGCCCUACAGCACCCGCAGCUCUGCACGCUGCCCUUCCUCAUCCUCGCCAGCCACCAGGACAAGCCCGCCCUUCUCCUCCGGGCCCCCACUGUCGCAUUCCCCCAGCUCCCCUUCCGCUACCUUCCUCUGCUCGGACCGGGGAGAGCCGGUGUUCAUGGUGCCAUCUCAGAAGCCAGGAUGCCCUUCAAAGCCCGCCAGGCCCCCGCGCAGCGCCCAGAGCGCGUGUGUUAG